AUGGGACGUAAACGUUUAUCAAGCAGUGAUUCAACUACAACGAUAACAAGUAAUUCUCCUAAUAAAUUAAAUAAUUCAUCAGGCGGUGGAAUGCAACAAAGAAAUGCUGCUAAUGCUCGUGAACGUGCUCGAAUGCGUGUAUUAAGUAAAGCAUUUAUUAAACUAAAAACUCAUCUACCAUGGGUUCCACAUGAUACAAAAUUAUCAAAACUUGAUACACUUCGUUUAGCUACAAGUUAUAUUCUUCAUUUAACACAAAUAUUAGAUAAUGAUGAACUACCAAUACAACAAAUAACAACAACACCACCAACUACAACAUCACUUUCAAUUCAAGCACCAAAUAAUUUUAGUUGGCCAUAUUCAUCUUGUCAUCGAGCUUCAUCAUUAUGUUCUAUGAAUAAUCGAUUAUCUGCAUCAUCGAAUAUAAAUAAUAAUUGUUACUCGAAUCAUGAAUAUGAAUAUCAAAUUCAAUCUGAACAUCUUAAUGAUCAUCAAGAGAAUAUUAUUGAAGAAAAACCUCGUUUAUGUUAA